GGGAGCCAUGGGCAGUCGGGCCUUCAUCGCCGCCGCUGUCUCCUCCGCUCUGCUCCUCCUCGCCUUGGGCCUGCCGAACCCCGCGGCUGCUGCCCCCCACCUGCCUUGGGCCGCCCAGAGCCUCCGGCUGUCCAGCUUGCCCAGCCGCGCCCCCGCCCCCGCCGUGGGGCUCAGCUACGAGACCCACUACCUGGUCCAGCAGGUUGAUCAUUUUGGAUUUGAUGUUAAUUUGACAUUUAAACAACGGUACUUAAUAACAGAUCAAUACUGGAAGAAUAAUAAUGGUGCAAUACUUUUCUACACUGGAAAUGAAGGGGACAUUACAUGGUUUUGCAAAAAUACGGGCUUCAUGUGGGAUGUGGCUGAGGAGCUGAAAGCCAUGUUGGUGUUUGCUGAACAUCGCUACUAUGGAGAAUCCUUACCCUUUGGUAACCUGUCAUUCAGUGAUUCCAAGCACUUGAAUUAUCUGACAUCAGAGCAGGCUCUGGCUGACUUUGCAGUUUUAAUUGAAUACUUGAAAAAAACAAUCCCAGGUGCUAAAAAUAGUCCUGUCAUUGCUAUAGGAGGCUCAUAUGGAGGGAUGCUUGCUGCCUGGUUCAGAAUGAAAUAUCCUCAUAUAGUGAUUGGAGCUCUUGCAGCCUCUGCUCCUAUCUGGCAAUUUACAGAUUUGGUUUCUUGUGGAAAAUUUUUUGAAAUUGUAACCAAUGAUUUCAAGAAAAGUGGCUCUAAGUGUUCAGAAACCAUCCAGAGUUCCUGGAAAGCAAUUGAUAGGCUGACAUCCACAGGUGAAGGCUUGCAGUGGAUUUCUGAAGUAUUUCAUCUGUGCAACCCAUUAAGAAGCCAAAUUGAUGCAAUCAUGUUGAAAUCGUGGCUAGCUGAAACGUGGGUGAAUCUGGCAAUGGUGGAUUACCCGUACAGUUCUGACUUCUUAAUGCCUUUGCCUGCUUGGCCCAUUAAGGAGGUAUGCAAAUAUCUGACAGAUCCCAGUGCAUCAGAUAAAAUAUUGGUACAGAAUAUUUUCCGGGCAGUGAAUAUCUAUUACAAUUAUUCUGGAGAAGCAAGCUGCCUGAAUACCUCACAAACAGCAACAAGCAAUCUUGGGAUCCAGGGCUGGAACUAUCAGGCCUGCACAGAAAUGGUAAUGCCCAUUUGUACCACUGGUAUCAGUGAUAUGUUUGAACCUCAGGAAUGGGACUUUGCUGCAUAUUCUGAGCAGUGUUUCCAAGAAUGGGGUGUGAGACCUAGACCUUCAUGGAUUCCAACUGUGUUUGGUGGUAAAAACAUCAGUUCACACAGUAACAUCAUCUUCAGCAAUGGUGCACUGGAUCCUUGGUAUGCAGGUGGAGUGAAUGAGAACAUCACAGAUACUCUUGUCUCAAUAGUCAUCCCAGAUGGGGCCCAUCACUUAGAUCUAUGUGCCAGGAAUGCUGAUGACCCUGAGUCAGUGCUGUUAGCCCGAACCAUGGAAGUUGACUAUAUGAAGAAGUGGAUCACACAGUUUCAGGGUCAUCGCUGAAAAGUGAUGUGGAUGAAACAUAAUAACAUCAUGAUUUUUUUCCAGACAUCACCCCCUGUACUUUAUCUGUGCAUUCUUUUUCCAUUACUAGAUUGACGACAAGAGAGGAAAAAUACAUGUAAUAAAAUUCCCUCGGCAGGAUUUUUAUUUUGCAGGUGUUGGACUUCUAUAUUCCAUGUCCAUAAAGAGGUCCUUUUCAGAUUUUACAAAUUGCCAAAAACCUGACCUGGCGUGUCCUCUCUGAACAUCAGGGUUCCUGAUUGUCUUAGGAAAAAGGGAUGAUUCUCCUGAGGGAUAGCUUGACUAAUCUUGGGCUUUUGGUUCCUCACUGGUUGAGUUUUUCGGAUCGCUUUGGGGCUACUUGUCUCUUCUCACCAAAGAAUUUUGCAAAAACAAACCAACUAACAAGCCAGAAAUGGUAUUAAGGGCAUGGGGGUGAUGAAAAAAAUGAUACCUGCUGUUGUGAAAACGUUCUCAACAGGCCGAUAUCAGGACACAUCUGAGCAUGGAAAACGUUUCUCUUGUUCUGAAGUUGUUAACCAAGGAUGUAAGUUGGUUUGUGACAUUGUAAAUAAGGAAUAGGGCUGGACCUUAUACCUGUUUGUUUAUAUUAAAAGACAUACCAGCUGUCUUUUAACACAGCACAUAUUUA